UUAAUAUAUAUUCUCUCGCAAGCUGAGAAGAUCCAGAGCUAAUUGUGUUGUGAGGCAGCAAUGGCUACACUUUUCAAACUCAUCUCCAUCUUCUUCAUCCUUCUCUCCGUCUUCACAACCCACGUCCUUUCUGCUUCAGACGAAUGUGGGAGCAAUUCCGGUGAGUGCAAUGACAAGGAGGGGGCGUUAACCCUCAAGAUUAUUGCAAUUUUCGCUAUUCUGGUAACUAGCAUGAUAGGUGUUUGCUUACCACUUGUAACACGUUCAAUCCCGGCUCUAAGUCCCGAUCGGAGCCCUUUUGUGAUCGUUAAGGCUUUUGCAGCCGGGAUCAUACUAGCCACCGGAUUCAUGCACGUGUUACCCGACUCUUUUGACAUGUUAUCGUCUACCUGCUUACCUGAAACUCCAUGGCACAAGUUCCCUUUUACGGGUUUUGUUGCUAUGUUGUCUGCUAUAGUGACUCUAAUGGUGGACUCAAUGGCCACUACUAUAUAUGGUCAGAAAAACAAUGUUGGGAUUAAAUCGGAGAGUGAAGUUGUCCGAGGAGACCAAGAAACGGGUGCCAUGAGGUUCGGAAAUUUACAUGGAUUCCACCACCAUGGCCACGGGCCGACCACGAGUGGAAGUGUAGACUCACAACUAUUACGUUAUCGUGUGAUUGCCAUGGUAUUGGAACUGGGAAUUGUUGUUCAUUCAGUGGUGAUAGGGCUCUCAAUGGGAGCUUCAAACAACACUUGCACCAUAAAACCACUUGUGGCUGCUCUAUGCUUCCAUCAAAUGUUUGAAGGAAUGGGUCUCGGUGGUUGCAUCCUCCAGGCGGAGUAUAAGUUGUUGAAGAAGGCAGCGAUGGUGUUCUUCUUCUCUGUAACAACUCCAUUUGGGAUAGCACUUGGGAUAGCAUUGUCAAACACAUACAAAGAAAAUAGUCCAAGCUCUUUGAUCACAGUUGGACUACUAAAUGCAUCAUCGGCUGGGCUUUUGAUCUACAUGGCUUUGGUGGAUCUUCUGUCUGCCGAUUUCAUGGGUCCAAAGUUGCAAGGUAGCAUCAAGCUUCAAAUCAAAUCCUACAUUGCAGUUCUUUUAGGUGCUGGUGGAAUGUCUUUAAUGGCCAAAUGGGCUUAAUUAUUUAUUAAUUCACAUAUAUGACAUCAUCACAUCAAUAAAUCUACUUUCAACUGUGUAAUCAAUGGCUGACGCCCAAAUAUGUUGUAAGGGGCAAAUAUAUUUUGGAGUGGGCUAGUACUACUAAUUUUUAUUUUUAUUUUUUAUACAUAUUUAUUAUUAUUAUUAUUUUUUUUUGUAGUGGUCUAAAAUUACCUAUAGUAAAAAUAAUAAUUUAUUUUUUUGGGGGGGUCUCAGGCCCCUUAUAUGCCCCCCCGGGAUCCGCAAUGUAAUUUUAUUACUGUAUUGUCAUAUUUCAACAAGCUAGUAAAAACGUUUCCAUGUUAAUUUAAAUGUCAAAUUUUCACACUUCAAUAAUUUCCGAAUUAUACAGUGGCACUAAAAUUGAUAAAUUUAGAAUUAAUAGUGGUCAUGCCAAGUGUUUUAGUCGAAUGAUACUUUCUCACAACUAGCAAUGGUUGAGGGUGAGUGGCCAUGCUUGUGGCAAAUGAGUUGAUUGUGGGUGACAUUUUUUUUUUUUUUUUCUUCCGAAAGAUCAAAGAAAGUUGAAGACACCAAAAAUGGACCGGGCCGAGCGCGAUCCAUAUUGCUAAGAACGGGUCGGGCAAGAGCAACCGCUCCAAACCAAG